AUGACCACUAGUUUUUGCGCGGAAGGCUUCUUCCCCAAACCACCGCUGUCCUUACCAGUCGUUCGCUUCACCCAGACAAUCCUUCAGAAGCCGCAGCUAGCAAGCCUAGUACACUCGUUAGAACUGUUUACGGAUGCGGGCGGUUGGGAUGUACCGACUGCAGAACCUCUCCCUUCUGCAUUCUACGAGGGCAUUGUGCGAUCGGCCUGCCGUUCCGAGGGAGAAUUCUCGCAGUGGCUGAACGAUCUCAUCGAAGGAGAGGAGGAUGCCUGGCUCGCACUGUUGCUCGUCCGGCUUGAAAAUCUGGAGAAGCUGACCCUGCCCCUUCCAGAACCAGAGUACUGCCCACAUCUCACACGGAUCAUUGAACGAGCGGCGGACGCAGAACCCCGGUACUUAUCCAACUUGAAAAAUGUCUUUCUACGAGAGGGUCCGACCUUCCAACGACAGGGCCAUAUGACGAUCCCCCGUGUGCUGCCCUUCUUUCAGAUUUCAUCACUACGAAGCUUUGAGGCCUGGGAUGUUGCAGGGGGCGGUUGUCGCCUGUUGGAAUUGUUCGACGGCACCUCAACUGUCACCAGUAUCCAAUUGGACUCCGGAAAGCAAGUGUAUGAUGACGACCCAGAGAUCGAUGUCUUCAAUCCCGUUCCCUUGUAUGCACCACUCCGAUACACUAAAGAAACGCUAAAAACCCUAUCGCUGGAGAUGCACGAACUUGUCGAUUCAUUAGUAUGGCAGACUGCAGACUUCCCCACCAGACGGUUUCUGGCUUCUCUAUUGGAUUUCCCCGCGCUGGAAAACCUAUGUAUCAGGUUGAGCAACCUGGUGGAAUUCCACGGCCCUAGCAGCUGGGACCCCGUCACACCGCUGGUCGAUCUCCUACCGCCGUCACUGAGGUUCCUGUACAUAGUGGACUUCAACACGGAAGCUCUCCCCCAUUGGAUCGACGAGCUGAGCGAAGUCGCGAAGCAUCGCAACACGCGUUUCACCGUGCUGAAGAGGCUCUUCAUUCGCCCGCCUGGGCGGGAGGGCCCAAAUGAUGACCCGCGCUUUCGCGUCAGGGUCUAUACAGGCAGAGAGCGCCAUGUUCCACCGCAGAUCAACGAGUUGGAGGCUGCCCUUCGCCCGAGGGUUGUCGCGUUGGAGGAGAGAUUCCGGGACAUAUCUAUGCGUGUUUUGCAGGUGAAUAUAAUAUUCUCUUCUUUCUUCAUGGCUGUUGACGCUGCAAGAAGAAAAAGAAGGCUAUAA